AUGGCCGGAGAGGGAAUAGGUGGAAAGGCUAGUGUGGAAGUUGUGUCUAUCAUUUUGGGUUCUGGGGGUGGCAAGAAUGAGGGCUACGAGAACAUCCAAAAGGGUGACAAAUUUGGAUAUUGGGGCGACGAUACGGAUUUGAUGGAUUUGAGCUUUGAGAAGAACGUAUGGAUUCUGGCCAUUCGUGGAGCGCACUCUGAUUCUGUUCACGCGCCACCGGUUUUCUUUAGAUAUGUUGGGCUUUACAAGAUCACCGGCAAGUUUUCAAUCGCAGAGAAGGCUGAAAAGUAUUCGUACGAACUCGCACGGGUUGAAAAGCAGAAAUCUACGAAAAAGUUGCACCCAAUUGAUGAGGAGAUCGAUGAAUUCUAA